CAGGCGUGUCCACAGAGCAGUCAGUCAGCAGAGUUGAGUAGAGGAACAAGUGGAUCAGACGGAUGAGGCUGCGCGAGCGUGUGAACUUCAGCUGAUAGACCCACUAUGCAUGUGAGACAUGACCAACAAGGCCCCCUGGGAUAGAUCAACGUGCAGCAUGGAGCCAACAGCUGGCUGCUCCCCGAAAGUUCCAGAGUCAGAGUUGUACCGCAGCAUCCAGGCUGUGCUGCCCAGGGAAACAGACAAUCAGCAGCCAAUAGACUGUUUCAACAAAGGCAUGCUGAGGUGGACGCUUCAUAAGAAGGUUCAAAACAAUCCUGCCAACAGCUUAUCUUUGGUGUGGUUGCUGAUAAAGGACCUGGAAAAGGCCGAGCGUUGGGAUUCUCGCAAAUGCAUCAUCCCUCUGCUCCACACUCUCAUGUAUGCCAUCGUCCAGACAGCCUUCAUUCCAGAUGAGCUGUACAAGCGGGUUUACAACUUUAGCAAGAGACUCAUGACGUACCCUUACCCUUACUGCUCCGUAGGCCUCAGCUACACGAGGCAACUCAAAACUGAACGCUCCACUCCAGGUCUGAUGUAUCAGAGGAUGGUCACAGCAGAGCAGAGGCUAAAAAAUGAGCAUUAUCCCUUUCAGGACAGAGUUUUUGUUUUGGCUGACCCUGACCUCUUCUCUGAGUCCCUGGGACAAGUCCUAGUGGAGGACAUUGAGGCGUCGGCCUCAGGUGGAUAUAUCAGUCCUGUAGAUGUCAUGCGCGGCGUGGUCCAACACUCCAUCCAGGCUGCCUUGGGGUCCGAACACUGCAACGGGCCAAAGCUGUCUCAGGCCCUGAAGGACAUGGGCCAAGACAUUGAGCCGUACUUUCAGGAAGUGCUGGCGACUCUAGAGCAGAGUGCGGAGGAUGGCGGCAGAGGGGAGAGGGGAGCGCUGAGAGGCCGUCUUCUGCAGCUGUACAGUGAGAUCGUCACCGUCGCAGACUCAGAGCCAUUGUCCGGCGGUUCGCUGUGUGACUGCCCUCUUCCUAACCCAGAGAUGAGCUUCCACCUGUUGACAGAGGACCUGGAUAUCUGGCGAGAGCUGGGCAAGUGGUUUCGAUCCAGCUCCGGGUUGGAGAAGUUCUCCCUCAGCCAGGAGCAGGAGGACUUUGACCUGGGGGACUCGCCCAGCGAUCUUUUGCCCUCGGACGUAACUCGCUUCUCCGUCAUGUCCAACGACAGCGGCAUCGAAAGGGACCUCGGUUCUGAGACUUCGCCAUCAUCAACUAUGGACACUGCCAGCAUGCGUGCAUCAUGGGAACAAUGCAAAAGAGAGCAAGAGUCAGGACGCCUGUCACGCCGUCCAGGAAUCAAGAUGAAGCCAUCAAUGAAAGACAGUAUGGUGCUGAUGCAGGACACGUUGGACGAGCAUGCCACUCUAGGAGGAGGAGGGAGGGGAGGAAGAAAAGGGGCUACUCUACAGAGGCGGGCGGGGAGCACGGUGAUGCACAACCCCUUCACCAAGCAGCAGAGACACUUUACUGCCAGACUAGUCGCCAUCGGGGAUGACAGAGUACUGGGCCGCCUGGCCAAGACCUAUUAUUUCUUCAGGAAAAGGGAAGCGCAGCGGCUUUUUCUCACAAUGAAAGUCAACCUCCAGUUUUACUACAUCCCUGUUUGCAAGGAGCCAACUCACAUCUCCUCUGUGAAGGAAUGCCACUCCAUCAAUCCCUCUCUGGGGAAUCCCUGCUCUCUCGGUUCGUACCUUAGCAUGGUGGACCCCUGGUACAACUGUAACAUCAAGAGUUUAGGCUCCAUGAUCCCCAAGCUGGCUAAAAUGCAACAGGCAAACCCAGGGAGGCCAAAAGAGCCCUUCAUCUCUGAUGUCAUUUCCUACUACGUCCGCACCGGCCAGCAGCCUGUCUACUUCAGCAUCUAUUUUGUUAAGCUCACGUUCACGAGCAUGACCAAGAAGCCUGUUGAAGAUGUGUUCCUCACCCACCUGGAGCUGGAGUUUCCUGAGUUCAGAUCGAUCGCGGCAUCAUUUCGAGCAGAUAAAUCAAGGAGGGGCUCGGGGGAGGCUUGUGGAGCUGUUUUGUCCAUGAAUUACAAAAAGGUGACAUUAAGCGGCAGAGACGUUGACAAAGGAAUCUCUGUUAGGACGACAGGCGCUCAGAUCAAUGCUAUUUCCUCUAGUGAAGCAGAAGAUCUGAACUGUUUGACUCUGACGAUGAAUGAAUCUCCAACUAAAACUAAAAACAGGGACGUGGAGUCAAAGAUUCGGACCAGCAACAUCAAGAUUCGCACUUUGGAGAGUCGAUCUUUCACCAUCACUCUGGACAGAGAUUCUCACCGGACGUACAGAGACGUGCAGAGCAUCGAGAUCUCCCCGUGUCUUGAUCCCGGAUACUGCAUCCAGAAAAACAUCAGGUCCAAAAACACAGGACUGAGCAAAUACAUGAGCAAAGGACUCCCUCUACCUAUAAACACGUUUGCUGGAAUCGUCAACUGACAUGAGGAUUGCGCAGAAAAAAAUCAUGACCAUCCAAGCUGUGUGAGGACUUACUGACAGACAGACAAAAGACAUACUGCACAGGAGUCAGUUGCAGCUGUUGGGGCACACGCAGGGUAAGACUGAACUCCACAGCCCUCCAAACAGUGUUUUUACCCUUUGUGUGUAAACCACUAUGCGUACUUUAAGACAGACUGACAGUAUAAUGCAAUAAGAGCAAUAUUGCAGUGACACUGCAGAGGGAAACACAUAAGCACAAUAGACUACACAGUCAAUUGCAAAUAAAUUAAUUUGCAUACAGUGACGAUCUCAGGGCUGUUGAUGAUUGGUUGAUAUAAUCAUGUGACAUGAUAAUUUAAAUUCUGCUGACAUUCUGGUAAGAUUAAGGUUGAGUGUUACAGUUGUUUUAAUUCCAUAGACACACUACCUUUUACUGUCUCCUUAACACAUGCAAACACAGACACAAACACAUUUACCUGAGUACACUCACAUGGAACAAUGCAGAAACACAGACACACCUGCUGUCAGAUAUUGAUCCGUGUGAAUUGUUGAGGGAGUGGUACGAUGACAGCUGACACAUCACUGUCAGCUUUUUCUUUGCAUUAUCGUUCAAAUCACUUGUUAUUCCCUCAACUGUCAUUACCAGCUGAUCCACACCAUUCUUGGGUUCAGUGUCUGGAAACGUUCUCGAGCAGAAGCUAGAACCAUGUGCAAUGUCCGGCAUUCAUAGAAAAGGAACAACUUUUUCACAGUAUCAGAGACAUGUGGAUAAUACACAGAUCAAGCAACAGAGGGGGGAUGAAACACUUCAUUUUAAUCCCUCAUCCACUCCAUGUGGUGCAUUACAUAAGUUUGCUACUCUUCAUCUAUUUGCACUAAAUCAGUUUUUUUUUUAUUAUUUCCUUGUGGAAGAGAAACAGCUGUGAGUAAAGUAAUAUGAAUUAUGAGUAACGUGUUGUUAUAUCCUCACAUGCCAUGAUAAUGAAAACCUUAAAACAUAACCAUGAUAAGAUAUCCUUUUACUUUUAGAGGGCUGUUCUAGAGCUGACACAACUUUUGGUUAGGUUGUGAGUUAUUCAUGGAAAAGUAAAGAUCUUCUGUGUUUUGUGUGACUCAGGAGCCUUUGGACUCCUUUAGGAGUAAAGGUCAACGGCUGCAAAGACUGGAAGUGAUGUGUUAUUGGGGCAUUACAUAAAAUCGAAUCAUGUGAGCCUGGGUGUCUGUGUCUUCUCUAGCCUGGAAGGGUUAAAAUCAUGAGUUGUGAAUUCAUUAACAAUUUUGCACAUUAGUUUCAUACAUUUUAUAUGAAUUUCUGAUAUGUUCAUGUCUUAUAUAUGUAUGAAGAGGAUAAAUGUAAUUGUGUAAAUAAAUGAU